AGCCGGAGUCACAUAGCAGUGACAACAAACAUCCAAAGAGCUGAACCUCCUGCGAAUAAAUACGUUGUUGUUGUUUUUUAAAUGGAGCAGGAGGGGUUCGGUCCAGGGAAGAGACGGAGGAGAUGUUGCUUCAUUGUGAGCGUGCUCGCUGUCCUUCUUCUCAUCGUCAUCCUCGCGCUCGCUUUGGGACUAUCCAUGCGCGAGGAAACUAAUGAACUUGAACCCAUAUUUCUGAGCAGGUGUAAACAACUUAAAGAGUAUGACUGUCAACAAGCAUGGGAACUGUUCCAACAAGCUUACGUGAACCGCGAUCCCUGUAAUGUUUCUAUGGAAGCCUAUGAUCCUUUCAUCACUGCGACCGCCAUCAGACCUCAGUGCAACAGAAUGAUGUUCUGGAGCAAAACAAAGUAUGUGGUCCAUGAGUUUACUGAGAAGAAGAAUUGCUUUCAGACCCUGGAGGACACUGUCCUGGGGUCUGUCUUGGACGGGCUGACCUGGUGUGGGAAGGAGGGAAGCUUUGAAACAUUCUCCAGUGGUUGCCCGGCAUGGAUGGAUUGCGCCAACAACCCCGUUCGCUCAUUUUGGAAUCGAGCCUCGGCUGCUUUUGCAGAUGUUGCCUGUGGCAACGUCACUGCGAUGCUGAACGGGUCCAUCGCCACACCGUUCGAUUCUUCCAGUAUUUUUGCCAGUAUUGAGGUGAAAAACUUUAAAUCCAGCAAAGUGAAGAACCUGGACAUUGUUCUCAUCACACAGAAAAACUUUGUGACAAACUGCACAAAUCAGUCUUUACAAACCCUUAAGACCCAGUUGCCUGAGGGAAUUAUUUAUAACUGCAAAGAAGUGCCUGAAACCCAGAUCAAGCAGUGCAGUGGCGACUCCGAGAAAGCCUGUGGGGCCUGCUGGUGAAAACAACCCGAGGCAGAAAUAAUCCCCCCGUGGAGAGAUUUGUCUUGUUUUUCUCUGUGUUUAAGCAAAAUUAAGCAAAUUUUAUAUUUGUAGGGCAGUUUAACACAGCAGAUAAUCUGUUUUUCAUAAAUGUUAAGAUACGUUUUGACAAUUUCAGACUUUUUUUGAUUCGUUUUUUUAAUUAUU